GGAGUCUUCAGCAGUGCAUUAUUGUUUCCCCACAAACCCCAACCUGACUCCAAUGCCUGUCCUAUUCUCCUCUCGCUUUCUCUUAAUCUCCACCAUCGUCCCCUUUCUUAUUUCCAUCGCUCUAUACCAACUCGACACAUUCGACCCAGCUCCGGCUCCUUCAGAUGCAUUCACCUCCUCUACUUCUUCAAUCCCCUCGCUUCUCAACGAAAAGUUUCGCACCGGAGCUGAGUUCAUCGGCCUUGGUGUUCUCCAUAAACCCGAAGAUAUCGCUUACCAUAAAGACUCUGGUCUAAUCUACACUGGCUGCGUUGAUGGAUGGGUGAAACGAGUCAAGGUCGCCCACUCAGUAAACGACUCAGUCAUAGAGAACUGGGUCAACACUGGUGGUAGACCGCUCGGCAUCGAUUUCGGGAUCCACGGCGAAGUCAUUGUAGCAGACGCCUACAAGGGACUGUUGAACAUAAGCGGCGACGGGAAGAAGACGGAACUGUUAACGGUGGAAGCUGAAGGUUUGAGAUUUAACCUGACGGAUGCAGUCGUCGUUGCAGAUGACGGCGUUUUGUAUUUCACAGAUGCUUCUUCCAAAUACAAUCUCCAUGAAUUAAAUCUCGAGAUGUUAGAAAGGAGACCAUACGGACGGCUCCUGAGCUUUGAUCCCACCACACGUGUCACACGUGUUCUUCUCAAAGACCUUUACUUUGCUAAUGGCGUAACCAUCUCUCCUGAUCAAACUCAUAUCAUCUUCUGUGAAACUCCCUUGAAAAAAUGUAGCAAGUAUAACAUCAAGGAGGAGCGUGUGGAGGUAUUCGUUCAAGACUUACCAGGUUAUCCAGAUAACAUCCGUUACGAUGGAGAAGGACAUUACUGGAUUGCACUGCCUUCGGGAGUAACAACGUUGUGGAAUAUCUCGCUGAAGUACCCUUUCAUGAGGAAACUCGCAGCAAUGGUGGCUAAGUACGGUGUGGACCUUAUGUUUAUGGUGGAUGCAGGCGUUAUGCAGGUUGAUCUGGAUGGUAAUCCAAUCGCAUACUACCAUGAUCAGACACUCUCACACAUUUCCACUUGUGACAAGAUUGGGAAAUAUCUCUAUUGUGGAAGUCUCUUGCAAUCACACAUUCUCCGACUCGAUAUCCUGAAAUAUCCUGCACAGAAGAAGAAGCUUUGAUAUUUGAAACAUCAUGUUCAUGUUUUUUUUUUACAAAUAAGGAAGUUUUUCCAUGUUCUGAGAAUUAAUGAUGAUGAUGUAGAAUAGUAGCAUCUCUCUCCCACUGGUCUUUUUUGUAUCUCUAGAUUUUGUAUGACAUUGAUUCCAAAGCAUAUUUAUAGUGUGAUGUGACUUGCGUUGA